AUGAAGCUCGCGAUGAGCGCCGAACAGGAAAGAUUGCUCUCCGAAGGAAUUCAAGAGGAGAGUCCACCGAGACGCAAGAGCUCGAGAAAAAGCCGCAAGAAAAAGAAAAGUUUCGGAGUGCGCGACAAUCUUGAAAACUUUUAUAACGAAGAGGUCGACGAAUGGAGUGCCGAUGGUGUAAUUCUCGAGAAUCAGACCGCCUUGCGGAGGAGACUCUUGCGACUACCGGCUUGGAAAGGAAUCGCUUUCGCGGGUGGAGUCCUCAUGUCUAUCUCGGUGCUCCUACUGGCUGUUGGACACGGCAUUCCUCGACAGGAACCGGUGCUUGGCGAUAAGGACGGUAUCGAACUCAUUCGAACGUCGGCUCUUACGUUUAACAAGAUUUUACGGACCUGUCAGAUCGUAGGACUCGCACUCUUUUGCUCCGGUGGUUUUUUUGUGGCUGGAGGUUUACUCAUCGGAGCAUUCUGUGCACCGGAGGACCUCGAGGGAUCCCGGCACUCGUUAUUGGAGUCUUUUGUGGUCUCGGUGCCGCCCGAAACUCCUCGGCUGCCUCAGGAAACGAAAGUACCCGUCACUCAGAGUCUAGCUCCGGUUCAGCCUGCCGCUUCAGUCUCUAAUGCGGCUGCCGUGGCAGCGACGGUGGUCUCAGGAGUUUCGUGUGAAGACUAA